UGGUACAUCGCAAUAAAAAAAAUGAAUACUUCUGUCGAAAGUUGGGAACUAUUCAACGAUGUCAACGAUGUCAGUUGACAACGUUGUAAAGGUCGCAAACAUUUCUCCUCUUGUAACUGAACCAGUAUUGAAACAAUUGUUUGAAUUCUUGGGUGAAGUUACAACAAUCAAAUUGUACAACAGUCCUCACGGUGACGGUGUACAAGAAUGCACUAUAGAAUUCAAAGAAGCAUCAGCAGCAGUAACGGCCCUUCACCUAACUGGUGUGGAAUUAGGUGAUCGCACAUUGAUGGUUUCAUCAACUACAGCACCUGCCGGUAUACAUAAUACUUCAUAUCAACCACCAGUUAUACCUCCUUCAUUACCCCCUAUACCUCCAUCAAUAUCUCCUCCUAGACCACCACAAACUUCGAAAACUCCACAAUCUAUUCCUCCUAAACCUAUUAUUCCUCCUCUAGCUCUUCCUCCUUUUUCAUCUAAUUCUCUUGCAGCGAUUAGGUCUAAUCCGGCUAUUUCACCAACUGUUGCUCAAUUCGACCCUGCUAAAGCUGAAGAAAUUUCUAGAACUAUGGCGGGCGAUCCUGCUCAACCAACUCGGUUUGCAUUUUUGGAAUUUGCUACUUAUGAAGGUGCACAAGCAGCCAUGCAAAUGAAUGGGGUCAUGCUUGGAGAUCGUCCUUUAAAGGUGAACCAUUCAAAAAAUGCAAUCAACAAGACACCAAAAAA